AUGCAGUAUUUUAUCAAAAUUUCCAAGAUUAGAAUGUUGUGCUGGUCUAGAAUAUAUGUCAUGUUUUUGAUUGGUAUUGUUAAUUUAUGUGAGGGUUCCGGAAAAGUUCGUUUGGCCGAUGUCACAACGCUAACAUUAUAUCGAGAUAAGUAUACGACAGGAAGAAGGUCCUCUCCAAUCCCCCAAAUUCAAUGUGUCGGAGGAUCGGCGAAGGGAAAGUUUGAGCCCAGAGUUGUGCAGUGCUACAAUAGGGGUUAUGAUGGUAUCGAUGUUCAGUGGGAGUGUAAAGCCGAAAUGGGUGAUCAGUAUGAGUUUGGCGAAAUUCGCGUAUCUUGUGAAGGGUAUGAUUACGCAGAUGAUCCGUAUAUUUUGCGAGGUUCUUGUGGUUUGAAAUACAGUUUGGAAUAUAGUCAUGAAAGAGGGAACAAUUAUGGUAAAAACAACGUACCAAAUGCGCCACCUUAUGAAAAGGAUCAUGAAUUUGGUUCCUUAACGCUUCCGUCAGUAGCUAUUUUGCUUUUAUUCCUCUUCGUAGUCUACUAUAGUUGUCUGCAACCUACUACUGAUGAUGACACAACACGUCGUAGUGGACCACCACCUCCACCACACAGUGGAAGACCACCACCACCAGGUUUCAAAAGCUUUACACGUCCAACUGAUGCACCUCCUACGUAUGAAGAAUCUUUUUACAAUGCAUCCGGUACACAAUCCAGUGGACCCGGUUUCUUUUCUGGUCUCGGAUUAGGCGGCUUAGCUGGUUAUUUGUAUGGCAGAAGUCAGAACAGUGAAGACAGUUUCUUUCGAGGUAGGAGACCAUAUGAACAAGAUGGUUUCUGGAGUUCUUCACAUAGUAGAUAUAGAGGUGAUUCGCCAGGACUUUCAACAAGUCGAACAACAUCAGGUUUUGGUAGUACGGAAAGAAGAUAG